CAUGAAUUGCGUCAUUUUUCGGAUAUUCCAUAAGAUCUGUUUGAGUAAUGCCUACACGAACAUGGCGACGCGGUACGAGGCGGUUUCGUUGGUGUUGCGGUAUAUUCCGUCUCUAGCUAAAGUUCCAUUAGACGUUUUCGAGAACGACUACUAUUUUGACAAUGGUCGUUACACGACAAAAAUACGGAGGGGUGGUGUGGACGCUCUGAUGCCUAAUCCUGGCGAGGUCGUGGGCUCCAAUGCUUUGGUG